CUCCAGGAUUUGGUAAAAAAAAGGAUCAUUUUUUGUAAUCCAGUGAUUAAUAAAUGUGUUUGUGCAUCUGAACUUUGCUUGUUAAUUAAAAAAUUAAUUGUCUGUACUUUGUCAAUAUUUGAAAUAAAUGGUAUUAUAGAAAAUAAUAUUGAUUUUCUGUACAUGUUAUGUGGCUUUUUUGCUUUUUAGACGUUCUUCUGUCCAGAUAAGCGCAGUGGGGCCAAGUAUGAUCUUCCUGCUUCAUAUGUUGUGCUAAGUGAAUCUUCUGAUGCAGCCAAUGCCAUUUUGUCACAACAGGUUUGAUUGAAAUUAAUUUGAAUUAUUUAAUGUUCUUUUAUGUAAGGGUAUUAUCAACCUCGUUAUAAGUUAGAACUGUCUACUUAUACAAUAUUAAAAACAGGUUAAUAGACAGCAGCACUGAAAAGUACUACUCUUAAUUUGUCACAUUUCAAGCAGUGGGCAAAGAAAGUCGUGUCCGAUAGCCCAGGGCUAGUGGAUUUUGCCAUCGGGUUAGUGAAUUCUGUUCUUAACUUGCCCAACGGACAAGUGAUGUUUUUUGAGGGCUAGUUGAAAUGAUGUCUGGGCAAGUAAAUGCUAGCUUCAGCUUGCCAGAGUGGCAAGCUGUAAAAAUGAUUUUCUUUGCACCCGGUUUCAAGAUAUUUUGAUCCACAAAGACAAAAGUUAGAGUCACUGUACAACAUUAUUAACAGUAUCACAAGAAAGAAAACUUUUUAAAGGCCAGACACAGAUUUUGUGAUUAUUCUUGGACACAAGAGUUAGAAUCACCUAGUAGGAAACUAUAGGCAACACCGUUUGUAUUACUGUGGAACCUAAGUGAAAAAGAUGACGCUUCAAAAUGUCAUUUGAAAAACUUCAGUGAAACAACAAAAGUUUUUCUCAAACAUGUAAACUCAAAGUCAUUUGUGAUGUUUAAACACAUCCAGGAACAUGUAACUUAAAAUUCUGUAUUGUCAUCAUGAGAAGAUAUGAUAAAAAAUGAGGAUAAAAUACUUAUUUUUGUUUGUUUGUUUGACUCUUAGGUUACAAGAGCCAUUUCAGGAGGUGAAGAUAUAUUUGAGUCUUUAAUAUUUUCAGAUCAAUAUGUUGGACCUAAACAGCCAGAGGAUGAGUAAGUCUAAUAACAUUUUUACUUGCAGAGUCAUUAUGGAGGCAUUAUGUAGUUCUUACUUAUAAGUCUAUGGAUUAGCUUCAGAACACCGACAUAAUUCCAGUUGUAGCUUCUCUCUGCUCAAAAAGCUUGUGUGAAGAGACAAGCGUCUGCAUUUACAGACCAUGUGUCCAAUUGCUUAUUACUGUUAGUUCUUUUGGAUUGGGUUUUGUUUUGUAAUGGAAAAGUUAAAGGUGCAGAGGUUUUCAUAAUGUAAAACAGAAUUAUGGCUGCUGUCUUUGAUGCAGUUAAACAUGUUGUUAAUGUAACCACAGUUAAAAGACUGUAAAUGUAAAACGGCGGAGGUUUUGUUUAAAUUCCCCCUUCAAUUUAUAUGUUUUUAAAUUGACAAAAAUGCUUUUCCUGUAGUGAACAAGCAGCAAACGGAAAACCUGUCAAACCGAGGAAAGUCUUACUCUUUAACUUCAAUGGUAAGUUUCUUUUAUACUUUUCCACGUGAGUGGUAGGACAGGAGAACAAUGGCGUUUUAUGACCUGUUACUUGGGGGUAGUGCAAGUAACUAUUGUGUCCCCUAGGGACGGGGAACACCCGAGCAGUUGCGAAGGAGACUAGGAACUCAUAGGUUUGUGAUAAAUUUCAAAUUUCCUAUUUUCAUGAAGAUAGUCCCUGAUUUUUUUGUGGGGGGGAGGGGGCAUCUGUACACAGGGUAGAGAAUAGAAUUGGUACUUUGCACUCCGUCCUAUUAGCUUCUUUGCAGCAGUUGUAAGAUGGUGGAUAAACGCCUUUUAAGGGUUGAAAUAUUUAACUUUUUUUACAUUUUUAUUAUUUGGCCUGAUAUUACUUUUAUUGAUAGAUAAAAUAAUUUCAACGUGCUGAGGGAAGGGAGCCCAUGGAAGCCAUUAAGGCUUAUGAAAUGACUUCCUGUAAAAAAUUUAUGAAAUACGUUUUCCUGGGGUAAUGCAAAAGAGAGAAGUGGUAACCAAAUUUCUGGACCAUGGGAAGCUUAAGCAACGACUACGGCAACGGCAACGAGAACGGCAAAAAAGCAAUAGCUUUAUAUUAGCAAAACAACCAAAUUUUACGUGCUGAUUCGCUCCUGUGAUUGAAGGGCUACUUUAUGUUGAAGAUUUCACCACUAACUGAUUUUCGCGUACAUGACCGUACAUGGAAUUUAUUUGCACUUGUAGUAGUUUAGUCAACUGAAAAAUUAAAUUAAUAUGACAAAGAAGGUUAUUACACAUGUCGAUUUCGGUUGAAGCGACGGGAAAAUAUUAUACUUACAAUUUGUGUUCCAUAUGCGGCUAGUAAGCUUCGAAGUGCGAUCUGUGGUGACACUUUUGAAAUGUAAGUUGCGUAACGAACUUCUAGGUUUUUACAUAAUUAGUCACCUGAUCUAUUUUUGCCGCGUUGCGCUAAGAUAAUUAAAUAUUCACAAAAAAAUUGACAAACGGCUUGAAAAAUGCAAAUCACUCCGCCCCAGUGCGGAAAUUAGGUCUAAAUAAUUAGUUCUAAUUGAGCAACGACUAUAAUGGCUUAAGUGUUCAAUGUUCAAUAAAGAAGUGUCAGAAAAUGGUGUUAGAGUCCAUUUCUACUAUCGACUAGCUUGAGCGAUCCGCAUUCAGUUCGUCUUUAGUGGCUAUGAGACAUAACUUGUGAAUUGGUCUGUCAUACUCUCCGUCUCUUGUCUUGAUUCUCACUUUUCGGACAAGUCCGUCGUUUCCAGGAUAUGUGCCUACAAUACGCGCCAUUUUCCAUUCACAUCUUUUGUGUUUGGGGUCCAGCUCCAGUACAAGAUCACCGAUCUGGAUGUUAUCUCGCGCGCGAAACCACUUGUUCCUUGGUAACAAGUUUGGGCCGAAAUACUUCAUCCAGCUCCUCCAGAAAUCAGCAACUCUGUUUUGGGUGCUUCUGAGUAAUUGUCGCGGAUUGGUUCUUUCCUCUGGUUCCGGUUGUGGUGGUGGAUUGUAGUGGCCUAGAAGUAGGUCGUUUGGAGUGAUCGGUGGGGCCUCCCAGAUAUCGUCGGAACUGGGGUACAGCGGUCGUCCGUUGACCAUGUAGGUGAUUUCUGACAAAAUUGUUCUCCAUUGUUCCUCGGAGUAGGCUUGGUUCUUGCAAGUGGCGUUAAAUGCUUGUCUGACUGACUUAAUUAGGGUUUCAACAACUCCGUUUUGGUGACUCGCAUGUGGUGUAUUCCAUUCCCAUCUGAGCUCGCAGCUAAAUUUAUCAGAGAGGACACUCUUUACCCCAGGAAUAUCCCAGUUCUGCGUGAUUUCCUUUAGGUAACCUUGGGCACCCACGAAAUUUGUUCCACGGUCUGUCCAGCAAACAUUUGGGUGUCCGCGUAGGCAGGCAAACCGUCGAAAGGCCAUUAAGAAUGCGUCUGAAGUUUUAUCGGUGACCAGCUCAAGAUGAAUCGCACGUGAUGUCAUGCAAGCGAAGAUGAUCACUUGUGCCUCUUUCAGAGUUUUGCGGCCGAGCUUGAUCUGUACUGGCCCAAACAUGUCCAUAGCAGUGUUUGAGAAUGCCGGGAAGCCAGCUGCUACUCUUAGGUUUGGAAUCUGUCCCAUGAGCUGGUUGAGAGGCCUUUUCCGUAGUUUUCUGCAUAUGACACACUUUGAGGUGACGGUCUUAGCCAUUCUGCGGAGUCCAAUGAUCCAGAAUCUUUUUCUGGCCUCGUGGAUUAAACUCUUAUAGCCACAAUGCCCUCGUCGUUCGUGGAGGUCACGCAGAAGCAAGAUCACAAAAGGGUGGUCUUUUGGCAAGAUAAUAGGCUUUCUCAACUCUUCCGGGAGACGUCUGACAUCUUCAAGUCGACCAUGCGCACGAAAAAGGCCAUCUUCAUCCCUUUUUGCUACCAGUUUCUUAUCCAAGCUGUCUUCGUUGACGUGAAAUUGACUCCACUUCAGAAGAUGGGUCUCGGCAGCCUUCAGUUCCUGAACUGAAAUGGGCCCUGACUUUGGGUUCAUUUUCCGAACGUUGUGAAUAAAGCGACCGACGUAGGCUAGAGUUCUCCGUAUCUUGGAGUACGUAGAACACGUUUUCAGCAAGUGUAAAAGGAUAGGAUUUUCUUCAGAUCCAGGUUGAUCUAGUUCAGGACAUACUUCCGCGGCAGCACUGUGAUGUUUACCGGCUUUCUUCUCUUUCCAAAACGUUUUCUUCUCUCUUAAAGCGUCGAGGUCGUCCACAUGAGUGUUAACUCGGGUGUGGUCUUGAGCGCUGGGCCACUUUUCUUCUGGCAACUCUAGGAAGGAUGGUCCCUCUGACCACUUCAUGAGAUGAUUAGGAUGGAUUCCUCUCGUUAGAGCAUCUGCAGGGUUGUGGUUAGACUUAAUGUAGCGUAUUUGGUCUGCCCCAAUCGUCUCUUGAAUUUCAGCCACUCUGGCAGAUACGAAAGGCUUGAAUUCCCGUGGUGGCGUUCUGAUCCAGGACAAAACGGUUGAUGAAUCGAUCCAGAAGAAUCUUUCCCAGUCCUGGGCUUUUGCGAACUCCAAUGCUUUUACACAUGUAACGUACAUGCGUGCAAGUGCUAAACAGCCCAACAGUUCUAAUCUCGGGAUGCUCUUCUUCUUCAGAGGUGCGACGAAAGCCUUUAUCGUGACUGGAACACUACGAUAGUCUCCGCCAGCAAGUUUCCACCGUAGGAAGAUGACCGCACCAUAAGCCUGCUCACCACCAUCGGAGAAUCCGUGAAUUUGAGGCACGCCCACUGCGUUGUUUGGUUUUAGCUUGCGGUCAAACUGAAAUGACAGGAGAUCAUUUAUGGACUGGACAUUCUCUAACCAUGUUUGCUGAAUACUCUCGGGAAGGAUGUCGUCCCAGCUGUAACCUGAACUCCAUAAUCCUUGCAAGUCAAUUCUGAACUUGAUUGCGACGGGCAGCACAAGACCGAUGGGGUCCCAUAACUGACCAACAAGACCUAAACAGCGCCUCUUUGUCAGGACAUCCAGUUCUCCGAGGUCAUUCUUUUUGAAGGUGAACGUGUCUAGCUGUUUAUCCCAGCUUAGGCCGAGAAGAUCCGUGAACCGUUCACCGUUGGAUUGGUCGAUUUCUGCCUCAUUGGAAUGCCAAGUUUUGAUCUGGAAGUUGCCUUUCGCGAGGACAGCGUCGAUGUGGCUGAUAAUCUGCUUUGCCUUGGUUACUGUUUCUCUGGAGCCACCGAUGUCAUCCACGUACACAUGCUGUCGGAGUUCUUCUGCGGCUUCCGGGAAUUCUGCGCUCGAAAGCUUGGCUAGCGUGUUGAUAGCGUUAGUUGCGAUGUCAGGGGCCGGUUUAUCACCAAAGUUCAGUCUUAGCCACUGGUAAACAGUUGGUUUGUCACAUGUGUUGCUCCUCCACAGAAACCUGUGGUACACCUGAUCCUCAGGAUGUACCAGGAUUUGGUUGAACAUUUUACGAACGUCACCAGUGAACGCCACUUCGUCCCAUCGCCAUGCUGCCAGUACAUCCAGAAGACUAUUGAUGAAGUUAGGUCCUUUCUGAAGGUAAUCGUUGAGGGACAAUCCAUCAUGACCUUUUGAAGAUGAAUCAAAGACUAGUCGAACUUUUGUGGUUCUUUCUGGCGUAAACACUGCUUGCAAUGGGAGGUACCAUUCGGGUUUAUCAUGAGCAAUUUGUUCAGGUGGAAUCAUUGUGAUAAAGUUCUGGUCUAACAACUUUUGCACUUCCUCUUUUACGACCUCGAAGCAACCCUUUUUCAUAAACCCCCUUUCAGCGGAGAGCAUCCUCUUCAGAGCGAUGUCGUAGUUGCUUCGUUUUGGAGGCCCUCCUUCUUUCCAGGGCAUCUUCACUUGUAUUCUCCCGUCGACCAAAGUAGUUGAAGCUGCGAGGGACUUCACGAACUUGCUCUCACGUAACACGUUUUCAGUGCAAGUACAGAGUUUGGUUGGUUUGACUCCAAGGAGGUCUUGGUGCAGAAGUUUCUUGAUAUCUUCCUCGACACUCACUGUCCCUACUUCUAUUGACUGAAUUUCAGAUAGAGUGGAGCCGCUUGACUCGAACUGUCCCAGAACAUACCAUCCAAAGCAGUUUCUUUUCCCGAUGGGCUCUCCAGGUUCUCCGGACACUGUGUGAAUAUCAAUGAAGGCCUCUACGAAGUCUGUGCCAAUAAGGAGAUCUAUGGCACCACCCGAGAGAUGUAUUUUAUCGGAAACGUUCUUCAAAUGGCUGUAUUGUCCCACUGACUCUUUAGAAAUUAUUUUGGCACUACUGCAAGGUCUAGUUACGGUGUACACUUGAAGGGUCUUCGUAAUAUCUUCGUCAGAGGGCGAGGCAACCGUGAUAUCGAUUAUCUCAGAAGGUUCGCUUUUCUUCUUUCCACCCGCCAGAUUCAUAGUGAGACGUGUUGCUGCUCCAUUUAAGCCAAGUCGACCAGCUGCACUUUUGGAGAGUAGGCUUGUGUUAGACCCGGAGUCCAACAUGGCGAGAACUUCGACAAAGUUUCCGUUUUUGUUCAUGACUUUAACUUUUUGCACAGGGCAAAGUCCAGUAACAGGUUUCAACUUGCUUUUCUGGUACACAGCAUUCCCUUGGAUGUUACCAUUCGAUGUAGUUGUGGGCCCUUGGAACUGACUUUGAAACGGUGGUGCUUUGGGAUUCAAACUUGUGUUAGUUUCUCCAGUCUUCUCAUUAUGUAGGCACCGGUGAUGGUUUUUUCUGCAUUUGUCGCAGGUUGAGCCGUCUGGUUUCUUGCAAUCGUUUGUGUGAUGCGCUCUCAGACACUUGCGACAUCGCCAAUGUUGCUUUACAACCUCCCACCUUUGAUUGACUGUUAGAAUCUGAAACUUAGGACAUGCAGCCAGGUGAUGUUUGGUCUUACAGCCAAGAGGACAUGUUUCAUCGUCAGAAUCCUCGCUGUUAGCGGCGUUAUUUUCUGUCUUUUUGGGACCUUUGUCUCGGCGAAUUUCGUUUCUUUCCACUGCGUUGCUGUUCGCUUUCCCUCGGGAACGAAUACUCGCUUCUUGAUGUAACCAGGCGAUUAGAUUGCUCACGGUUUCUUCUUUUCCUUCUCUUUUCAUUUCUCUACCAAAAUCUGAAUUGUCACUUGGAUCGAGUUUGGACAGAAGCUGGGACAUGAGGAACGGCGCUUCAACUGACUCCAGCACAGGACACCCAAUAUUAUCUUCCAUGUCACUUACAUAACAGGCUAUUGUCGUAGCGAAAUGCGUUAGGGACUUAGAAUCUCGUUUGACUGCUUUAAGAUUAUUAAUCUCGGUGUGUAGUUCGUCCAUUAGUUUUCGUCUGUCUGCGAACUCUGUAUCCAAAAUAAUCCACGCGCUGUCAAUGGUUUUACAAGUUUUUACUUGGUCGGUCCAGAACGAUCCUUUUGGCAUUGCAUUUCGAAAACGUUGCAAUUGUUCAUCUUUAUCCUGACCGUACUUCUUCAUCCAAUGGCUGAACUCCUUUUUCCACGUGGCAUAGGUUCUGCGAGUUCCGUCCCAUACUGGUACAGGUAAUCGUUGUAAACUAGAGUUUGACGGUUUUGAUCCGAUGUUAUCGGCCAUUUUCUGCACCGCCGACGUCAUCAUGGACGACAUUGAUAAUGUUAGCGCUUCCAGAGUUGUCGCAUUGUUAGAAUUUUCUGAGGAGUUUUGUUCCUUUUGAUAUGCAGCAAACUUUAAAGUGAUUUGAAGGAAAUCAGCUUUGGUUUUGUCUCCAGUUUUCUUUGUUGCUAACACGAGUUCGUCUUCUGGGCCAGUGCCUUCGUCGACCAGUCUAUCCAGAAUUGUUUCCUGCUGUUUCUUGACCAGUCUGUACUUGGUUUCUACUAAACUGAAUGCUGCUUCAAGUGUUUUUAGUUCCGGUUUUACGGAGAAAAUUGUUUCGAAUUCUUCCAUUAAUUCGUACAAGAGUUUGACGGCAUUGUCCAGUUUUCCCGCGAGAGUGUUCACGUCUACCUUCGGCGGCAUUGUAAGCGGAAUUUAAAUGCGAAGCUUGGCGGUAGUUAGUAACUCGGCGUAAUCUUCUGCAACAAAUUUUGACUGAUUCGCUCCUGUGAUUGAAGGGCUACUUUAUGUUGAAGAUUUCACCACUAACUGAUUUUCGCGUACAUGACCGUACAUGGAAUUUAUUUGCACUUGUAGUAGUUUAGUCAACUGAAAAAUUAAAUUAACAUGACAAAGAAGGUUAUUACACAUGUCGAUUUCGGUUGAAGCGACGGGAAAAUAUUAUACUUACAAUUUGUGUUCCAUAUGCGGCUAGUAAGCUUCGAAGUGCGAUCUGUGGUGACACUUUUGAAAUGUAAGUUGCGUAACGAACUUCUAGGUUUUUAAAUAAUUAGUCACCUGAUCUAUUUUUGCCGCGUUGCGCUAAGAUAAUUAAAUAUUCACAAAAAAAUUGACAAACGGCUUGAAAAAUGCAAAUCACGCUUUUUUGUACGUUUCUUUUCUGUUGCGACUGCGACAUGAAACUUCCUAAUUUCACGUGCCCGCUUUAUGGAGUUGGUGAACACAACACAAUUAUUUUCUUUUUCUUUUGGAUUCAACCCAGAACAUUUUGCCAACAUUUGACAAAUUACUGAAAUCGAAUUGAAUAAGAUCGAUGAAUGAAACAGUACGAAUUCACUUUUGAAGUAAAUUUUUGGUUUGUUGUCAUCCAAAAAUUUUGCUACCAUGACAACGUGACAUAACGACUUCUCUCGAUUGGGAGAAUUCUUUCUCCUAAUUUAUUAAUUUAGACUUAUUUAUGUUUGAAAACAGUGCAGUUGAUAGAUAGUUUGAACUUCAGUUAAACCAAAUGCUAGUCUGAAAGAGUUAGCUUGUUAAUUCUGAAGGCAUGAUUUUGAGGCUUCUUGGACACAAAACAGCCCGGGCUUUUGCCUUAUUCCAGUCCGCAAUUGGCUGUAAUUAGCAGGCUGAUUCCUCCCCAGUCGUCUCUCAGUCUUCUAAGCGCGGUUAAUGGGGUAAUGGGAGGGAAGAAAAAGGGGAGAGUUUUCUUCCUUCCCAGCACCCCUCGCGCACCCUUUGGUCACGCUUCUUGCGUUCUGUCCGCUGACUGGGGACGAGUCAGAUAACCAGGCACCUGUUAAAUAAUCUAGCCAGAUUUAUUUAUUGGAAAUUGUCUUUGUUAGUUCCGUCUAAAGGUAGGAGUACCAAAUCAGCUGACAUGGCUAAACUUGAACCCAUGAUGAGGCUGGUCCUUCAUUGUAUCGACAGGGUUCGACGCUUUAGGCUUGGAAAGGAGGUUUGUUGAAUAUUACUGUAAAUAGCAAUAAUAUAAGGUUGAACCCGCGAGCGGGCAGCGGCAGGACGAAGCGAAGCGAAGCCCUGUCUUCUGAUCGGUUGCUCAAGCGGCCUAUUCUGCCCCCUAGGGAUUUCCCUCGUUGGUCCUGUAAGAAAAAGUAUUAUUAUUGGCCAUUAUAGUAAAUCCCCUUUUUGACCAAGCUUGUUCAGUCAUGAUGGCUAACGGUCCAUAAAAACGCAAAAAAGAACUUGGCCAUUAUAGUUCAGCCAUCUUGACCGAACAAGCUUGGUUAAUAACGCAUGCAUAUAUAUUUCCAGUGCCUUUUAACUCAUGCAGUUUUUCUCAGGCACGCAAAUUUACAGAACCAUUUUUUUCCAAAUAAAUCACCACGCCUCGCUGCAAGAAGUUCAUCCGCGGACUCAAAGUUGAAACCACUUUAAUCUACUUUAGCACGACGUAAUCACAGUGGACAGUGCCAUCAUAAUAUACAGAACGGGCGUCAACAGUCAAAUUGUUUUAUCCUUCUACGACACUGGGUGGGAAUUUAUCUAGAAUUUCGAAUCGCUUACUCACUUGCGAAGCGCAAUUUUUUACCUAUUUAGCAAAGUAAAAAAUUGCCCAGUGCGGAUUAGCCUUCUGUUUCCCUUGUCCGUCAUAACGCUGCCUUUCCCUUUCACUUGUAGGCGAAAGCUAAAGCUGAGAAAAAUCGCCGCGAGCUUGAGGAAAAUCUCUUGAAACAAUCACACUCCCAAAGGCAAGAGGUGAGCAGUCAUAUUUUGUCUUUUAGCAUUCUUGUUUUUUUUGUCGGCGAGAAGAAAAAAACGUACAUUGAACAGCAAUAUCGUUUUGAAAUUAUAGGCUGCACAACAACGUCGCGAAGACAAAAUAAGAGCUGAAAAGGAACGUAUAAUGCAAGAGGAUGACCCUGAAAGACAACGCCGGCUGGAGGUUUGUAACUUUAAUUGA